AUGAAUAUGAUCAUUUUUAAGCGUAUUUUUAUAUUUUUGUUCUUAAUAUUUGCAUUUUCUCUCGUGGUGCUUUAUUAUAAUGAGACAAAAGAUUUAAUUAAAUCACCGUAUCUAGCAAAAUUUAAAAAUAUUAUGCGUAAUAGUGAAAAUGACUUUUCUGAGCCAUCUAUAGAACUCUCUGAGCCGUUGACAGAAUUUUCUGAUCAAUCAACUACAUUUCCUGAUCCAUCAACUACAUUUAAACCACCAAUUACAUCUUACAAAUCAUCAAGACUAAGAUCAAUCGAAGAAAGUUGGACUUAUGAGUGCAAUAAAAAUCGUUGUACUCGAAAGUUUUACAAUAAUAAUAAUAAUAAUGAGGAGAAAAUUACACUGACAUCUUGUUCAUUAACUUGUGGCAGUACAAAAUUAUGGCCAAAACCAACUAAGACUGACGUCAAAACAUCCUUUAAACAAUUUAAACUAUCAGAUAUUCAACAUAAAAUAGUUACAAACUUUAGCAGUGUUGCAGAGCUAAUGGACAAAAGUAUUAAAGCAUUUUUAAAUGACUUAAAACAAAUAAUUUCUUCGUCUGACGGAAAUGUCGAUAACAACUCAAUAGAUAAUACAAAUGCGGUUAUAAUUAGUAUUCAUGUCACAGAAUCCGAUGCAACAUUAUUGUCAAUGAAUACAGAUGAAUGCUACAAUUUAUCAAUAGCAUACACUGAAAAAUCGAUUAAUGUUAAAAUUACUGCGAAAUCAUUUUUCGGAGCUAGACAUGGUCUUGAAACCCUUCAACAAUUAAUUUGGUAUGAUGACUAUAGUGAAUCACUUAAAAUAUUGACUACAGUAGCGAUAGAAGACUGUCCAAGUUUCAACUAUCGUGGACUCAUGCUAGACACCUCAAGACAUUAUUUUUCAACUGACACAAUAAAAAGAAUAAUAGCCGGCAUGUCACAUGUGAAGCUUAAUCGUUUUCAUUGGCAUCUAACAGAUUCACAAAGCUUUCCAUUCGUAUCGAAAAAAUAUCCAGAACUUGCAAUUUAUGGCGCAUAUUCAUCAAAAGAAGUUUAUACUCAUGAUGACAUUUUAAAUGUUGUUGAAUUUGCUAAAAUUCGUGGAAUACAAAUUAUACCAGAAAUAGAUGCACCGGCACAUAGUGGAAAUGGAUGGCAAUGGGGGAAAGAGAAAGGUUUAGGAGAUUUAAGUUUAUGUAUAAACCAGCAACCUUGGAAAGCUUAUUGCGGCGAACCAUCAUGUGGACAGAUGAAUCCAAAAAAUAAAAAUUCUUUCAUGAUAUUGGAAUCUCUUUAUGAAGAACUUUUACAACUCACAAAUGCUACAGACUUCUUUCACAUGGGUGGUGACGAGGUCAACUUUGAUUGUUGGAAACAACAUUUUAAGAAUGAAGAUCUCAAUUCUCUUUGGUGUGAUUUCAUGACUGAGGCUCAUAGGCGAAUGACUAAAGCCAACAACGAUAAUCCAAUUAAAUAUGCCACAAUUUGGAAUAGUGACUGGUUAAAAAUAAAAUGUCUUCCAGCUCAAAACUUCACUCUUCAAGUUUGGCUAGCACAGCCAUCACAAAUUCAGCAAUUCAUCAAAGCAAAUUACAAUUUAAUUCUGUCUCACGUUGAUGCAUGGUACUUGGAUUGUGGCUUUGGAAGCUGGAGAGAUACAUUUGGGCAAGGAUCAUGUCCACCAUUUAAAGCUUGGUAUACAGUGUAUAAUUAUCGACCGUGGGGUGCUUUAAGAUUGACUGAUGAUCAGAGAAAACAGAUUUUAGGAGGCGAAGCUUGUAUGUGGACUGAACAAGUUAAUGAAGAUUCUAUUGAUGUAAGAAUAUGGCCACGAGCAGCAGCUUUUGCUGAACGACUUUGGAGUGAUCCACAAUCGUCUGUGAUACCAAAAGAGACUGUAAAUAGAUUCUCGAUUUUUCACAAACGGUUUCAAUCGUUGGGAUUAAAAUCAGACGCACUUUUUCCAAAAUAUUGUGAACAAAAUGAAGAAGAAUGUAUUUAA